AUGGACAGGUGGCGAGGCCGGGCCAGGCUGGGGCACCGUAGGGAACCUGGUCUGAGGCAGCUGGCGCUGUCAGGGGCCAGGUGGGGUGGACAGCAGGUGGAGGCAGCCAGUCGAGAGGAUCCGAUGGGGCCACCAGGACAGCGGCGAGAUGGGAGGGGGAAGUGGCAGAGAAGGGGGAAGGCAGCCGAGAAGAACGGCGAGGGAGGAGGGUUGAUAGUGGCCGAGAGGAGCCGCCAAGAAGGCGAAGACACAGGGACUGACCAAUCAAGUAGCGCAGAUCUCAAGCACCAGGCAGCCGUCAACAACCCACUUUCAGUACACUCAACAACUGAGCCAGAGGAGCAAGAAGAGGGGGGUGGGGACUGCAUCAGCAGCAGCGCCGAAACUUCAGCCACACAUGACCCCACGCCUCACAAACGGCGGCGCUCGGAUCACGAUUGCGUCAAGCCGCGGCGCGCUAGGACUGCCUUCACAUACGAACAACUGGUGGCUCUGGAGAACAAAUUCCGCUCUACGAAAUACCUGUCCGUGUGUGACAGACUGAACCUGGCUCUGUCCCUCAGCCUCACCGAGACGCAGGUCAAGAUCUGGUUCCAGAACAGAAGAACCAAGUGGAAGAAACAGAACCCGGGCGCGGACAGCACGAUGACGCCCGGGUCGACCUCUUUGGUCAGCGUCAACCCAUGUCCUGUGACUUGUGUGUCGAGUUCAGCCAGUUACCAAACUUUCCCGUCCUUCAGCUCUGGGAAUAUGAUCUUCCAUAAUGCUGGUGCGGUUCAUCUGUCGUCAACUGGAGGGCUGUUACAUCCCUUCCCACCCAAUGGUUAUCAUCUUCAGCCGUCCUACUUUACCCCACAUUUAUGAGACCUGACCUACUUCGUCUAUGGUGACUUGAGGAUGGACACACCAUGAUAGGAUUAUAACUAGCUAUUGGAAUCUCUCUCACAAAAGUGUAAUUUUUAACACUGUCUGUUGAAAGACAUCAUGACAGGCAUCAGUCUGCACCGUCAAAUGAUAACCAGAAGAAUAACUUCAGACUCUUCCCACAGGGCAAAAAACUGGUUGAAUCAACGUUGCUUCCAUGUCAUUUCAACCCCACAAACUUACUGUAUGUUUGUAUGAUGUCUCACUCACAGGAUUUCACUGUUCAUAUCUGCAAAUUUUGAAAUGAACACAUGUAAAUUAAAACA